UUGGGUUUACAGAUAUAUUUUUCGCCGAACAAAUUUGUGUUCCAUUGCCACACCCGGGAGGAGACUGGAAGACAGCAGGCCAGCGCCUAUCGACACCCCGACGCAGCCAAUUUCAACGCCUGGCGACGUCAUCUAGUGCUGACAGAUCCCACCCCACCAGAAGAACUGCUGUUUGCUUGGGAGGACGUGAAAGCCAUGUUUAACGGGGGAAAUCGCAAGAAAGCGAGCUCCUCCUCCUCUUCCGCCUGCUCCUCGUCAGAAGUCUCUAUGACCUACCCGCCGGAGACAAGUCCACCACCACCACCACUAUCAUCUCAAGCAUUCAAAAGAAGAUGUCUCAAUGUGUCUCAGGCCUCAACCAGCGCUCGAGGGGGGCUUGAGCAGCAACAAGCCCGGUUCGGUAUUCUCGCCAGUUCACCGGAAGCGUUUACGCGGACGGACUGUACCUUCGAGAAGUACCGCUCCGUGUUUACCUCACUGUUCGAACAGAGUCCGGUGGAAAACCACGCGUUGACAUCCUUCGCUGCCAUUCCUAAUACCACUACCCAUCCACCUUCAGAAAAUACUGUGACCUUGAACACAACGAGGAUGUCGACGACGACUGCCCCCGUCAACCAACCCCGGAUCCGCCAACGUGAUUGGUUGGCGAACCUACUGGUGGUAUCGAUGGAUCUGGAGACACGUGGGUCGUCGAAGGCUCCAGUAGGCAGCAGCAUGGGCACCUGGGCAAACACGCUAAAAAACUAUCUGGAAAUGAUGACAAGAGGAAUUUACUUGCCCCCGCCCCCACCACCACCACCUACCGCAUGA